AUGACAGUUUCAUAUUCUAAACACGUUUCUACUUCUCAUGGAUUUGGCCACUUUUGGAAACUUCUAUUUAGAUGGAGAGGAAGUAUUUACAAGUUAUUGUGGCCAGAACUGUGUUUAUAUGUUUUUCUGUAUUACACAUUAAACUUAACCUAUCGACUUAUCCUCAGUGAACAUAACAAAAGCUAUUUUGAGAAGACUGUUCUUUAUUGCUCAUCAUUUGCCAACUUAAUUCCUGUAUCUUUUGUGCUGGGCUUCUAUGUUUCUUUGAUCAUUGGAAGAUGGUGGGACACUUAUAUGAGUAUGCCUUGGCCAGACAAUAUGGCAUUUUAUGUUAGUACUUUCAUUAAUGGCCAGGAUGAACGAGGCUACUUAAUGAGGAGAACUAUUAUGCGUUAUUUAAAUUUAUCUUUCAUCAUCACCCUCAUCUGUAUUAGUCCUGUUGUUAGAAAGAGAUUUCCUUCACUGGAUUAUUUAGUUAAAGCAGGUGUGUUAUUUGCAAAUGAAAAAGAAAUCAUGGAGAAUUUGAAAACAUCUCACCCAAAAUACUCUAUGCCUCUAAUUUGGGCUUCUAAUAUUUGUAUUCAAGCUAGGAUGGAAGGCAGAGUUCGGGAUGACUUUGCAUUAAAAACUUUAGUCGAUGAAAUAUCCACUUAUCGUGGCUAUUGUGGAACUAUGUUUAGCUAUGAUUGGGUCAAUAUUCCACUGGUAUACACCCAGGUUGUCACAUUGGCAGUCUACGCAUACUUUUUAGCAUCACUAAUGGGAAGUCAGAUGAUAAACCCAGAGAAAAGUUUUGAAAAACGCUACAUAGAUACUUAUGUGCCCAUAUUCAACUUUUUACAGUUCUUUUUCUAUAUGGGUUGGCUUAAGGUUGCUGAAGUUUUGAUCAACCCUCUCGGUGAAGAUGAUGACGACUUUGAAGUCCAAUGGCUUAUUGAUCGUAACAUUGAGUUUUCUUAUUUGGUUGUGGAUGAGAUGUACAAAGAACAACCAGAAUUAACUAAAUAUCAGUACUGUAAUGAAGCCAUGCCAGAAGAAUUACCCUUCACUAUCACUGCUCAGCACCUCUAUACUAAGCAUCCUCAGGAUUCAGCUGCUGGUAUUGAUGUUUCACCUGAAGUAGAAUUUUCAUCAACAAUGCCAGAAAAAGAGGAAGAUAAUAUUUCAGUGCAAGAAACAAAGCUAAAUGUUCCACUUUUGGUAUCAGUAAAGCAAGGUCAUGGUUCUCAUCACUUUUCUUCUGACUCCUGUGGCAACUUCUUGAGGCCAUCAUAUUGCACACAAAAACCUUUUAACCAGCUAAAAGAUCUACUUAAAAGAAAAAGAAUUAUGCCAGGAAAUAGUGAGCUUGUGCAGUCUAGAGGACAAACGAUUUGGCAUAGAAAGUUAAAUUCCAAAGACACCGCUGGUUCACAGAAGACAGGACAAUCUGUUCUUUUCACUCCUACAAGCAUGACUGCAGAGUAUGAGUGUGAAAAAGCAGAUAUCUACCACCAAGAUGCUUCUUCUUCCUCAAAACACAAUGAAGAAAAGUUUGAUGAAG